UUUAGAGGUUUAUUAAAGGUUAAAGAUUAAAGAAUAUACAAGUAAGACAUAUGUGCCUAGGCCAGAGGCCUAGACCAAAUAACCUCACAUCACGCAAGAGCCCGCCUGCUCCAAAAAGGAAGUCCAAAAAGAGCCAAGAGAGCCCUCAAAAGCCAUUGAAUCAGCUUAAAUACCUUCUCGAUCUCGGCCCAGGUGAGAUUACAAGGCAUUCUGGGGAAGUGGAGCAAAGGCUCAUGGGGAUUGUAGUCCUGUAUUUGAGUCUAUUUUUUACAUUCCCUCGUGUGAUCAUUUGCAAAAAAAAAUAAUUUUUUUCCAAAGGAUCAUGAAAACAUAAUCAAUUUAAAGAUUACAAUAAUUUGAGGAUAAGAGAAAGAAAAGAAUAAAACCAAUAAUUACUGGACGCAUUGACAGAAAGCCAGUUAGGGGGCAGUCCCCUUUGGCAUGAAAGUAUGCAUGCAAAUAAAUGUUCAUUAACCACACCCAAAGUUCAAUUUUGUGCAAUUUGUGGUCUGGAGGCUUCUUCCUGGUGGCUUCUCCAACAGUUCAGUUCUGGAUUCAGAGAGGUAGCAUCUUCUUUACCUAAAAUUCUUCUCAAAAGGAAUUUAAACUUUGCAAUUUAAAUAAUGAUUUUUUUUUACAUUCCCCCGUGUUGUGGGUGAUUGAAAGAUUCAGAAUCAGUUAGGGAUGCAUGGCUGAGGUAUGAGGUAUAUGAAUCAAUUGGCAAGAGAUAUUAAAAAGACAUCAGAAAAUCCAAAAGAAAAGAAAAAUUUUGGGAUGAAAAUAUAGACUAUCAAAGUCUUAUGUGUAAAAAUUCCAAGUAGAAGAAAAAUAAAUCUGUAACACUUUUUGAUCUCCCUCUUCACAAAGGAAAUCAUAAGAUUUUGAUCUUGAAGCAGCCUUUAAGAUUUAGGUACAGUUUAGAGGGAGCAAUCUGCUGUAGAUGAUGGAGUGAGAUUGCUUGAGCAGGUGGAGGGGUUGGCUUAGGUUAAAGUGAAAGAUCAACCUAAUAUGUGAGAUAGGAGUGAAGGAGCAGAUGGUGGCAGAUGAAUGAUAGGAGAUAGGGAAAAUGGGAGAAGAGGGAAAUCAAGAUAAAAGGUCUGUUUUUUUCUGUAAAAUGAGGCAACAUUCUCAGCUGAGAGUAUAGGGGGAGGGAGAGCCAUGAAAGGUUUGAGAAAGUUUGAAAAGGCUCAGAAGAGCUACUAGGCUCUAACUAGGCCCUAAGUACCAGCAUUUGCCCUGCAUGUUUACGAAUGUUUCUAAUGAAGGUGGUCCUGGUUGUGAAGGAGGGCAGUGCUAGGAAAAGUGCAAACUCUGGCAGGUCUCAACUAAUAGGUAGGGCAUAUUAUGUGUUUACUACAUGCACAGCAUACACCCAGGAACUUAUAUUCUAUAUGGAGGGACUAGAAGACAUAUACUAAUACACUCAAAGUAAUAGUAAAGUAAGUAUAUAACAGUAUAAUAGCAUCUAAAUCAGUAUACAACAUAUACAAUGGUAUUAAAGUUGGUCUACAAUAUAAAAAAUAUAUAAUAUAAAGUAUACAAUAGCAUUAAAGUCUACUAUAGAUACACAAUAGUAUUAGUAGGGGUGAUGUGGACAAAUACUAACAAACUCAAAAUAAUUAAUAGUAAAGUAUACUGUUAACAUCGAAAUAACGCAGAACUACCAAAGUAGUCAGAAAAUCCAAAUCUUUAAUCAGGAAAGGUAUAAGUCCAAUAUUUGGCCCUUUACUCAGAAUCUGGCGCCACAACUUUUAUAGGGUUUACACCCUGGACUCUGGGGAUAUUUAUUAUCCCUGGGAGUGCCACCACACUAGAUACCGACUCCAAGGAACAAAAGAGUUUGGGGAACUUAUAUACCAUUCUAGAUGACCUGGGGGCUUAGGAUGAGAGGGACAGUUGAUUGACUUUACAAUGGUAAGAAAUUUGGCUACACCAGCCCCAAGAUCUUCAGGUGAGAGUGACCACAUUGAAGGAACAGAAGAAUCUGAGAAGCCAAUUUUGGGCUAAAAAAAAAAAAGAGGCCAGAGAAAGGCAUAGGUUCAAAUCCUGCCUUAGAUACUUGCUGGCUGGAAGAUCCUGAAGCAGGUCUUUUGGAGUCCUGGCAUUUCGACAAGACUAGAUAGAUGGCUGACGAGGCGCCGACCUGUACUAGUAAAGGGAGUUUCCUCACUUGGGACGUCUCUAUGAAUACAAAUGAGAUGAAGGCGAUUCCAAAAGGGAAUAGGCAGCCUCACGGGAUCGUGGGCACCUCAGCACUGGAGUUCAAGGACAGCCGGGACAGCCUCUCUCCAGGUACCAGGGGAUGGAUGGAGGCUGGAAGGAAGCGCCAGACGCAUGCGCCUGUCUCUCUCCUCCCCUCCCCUCCCCCAAGGCACUUCUCACCGAACCAGGACAAAUCUGGGUCACUGGAGGAAGGUGUGAAACCCGUGGACUCUGGUUCCUCUAGGGAAAAGGGCCGCCAGCGGGAUGUAGUUGGCUUUUUACCACUGUCGGUAGGGCGCACAGGUCCUACCCCUCCUAAGGGAUUGGUGGAGGCACAAGCCACGUGACCGAGGCCGGAAACCGAAGAGGGUUGUGCGUGGGGUAGCAUUUUGACAAUAACAAACCCGGGUCAGAGCAGAAGCUGGAAACAUGGCCGAGGCGGCGAGGCCCCCGCGUCGGACCAAGGCCAAGGCCAGCCGGGCUAAAACCAAGGAAAAGAAGAAAUAUAGUGAAGUUUUUGAGAAAGAAGAAUUUGAUGAGGUGGAAUUCCCUGAAGCUCCCAGAGAGCAAAAAAUAUCUUCCCCAGCCAGGGAAGUCUUAGCAGCAUGUCCUGAGGCAUUAACUGAGGUUCAGUUGCAGGAUGUAGGUCAUCUAGAUACUGUGAAGGAAAUGGUUGAUAUCCCACUUACUUCCUUAACUUUAGAUGUUGAAGAAUCCCAAAUAGGUAACCUAGAUACAAUAAUAGAAGGGGAAGAGGUUAAAGAGCAUCACCUCUGUGAAGAAACUAAGCCAAAGUACAACCCUGAGAAGGAUGUGAACACCAAAGUAGAAAUCUCUCAGGGUCUUAGGGACAGAGCUCAUAGUGGAUCAACACAAUGUGGACUCUCAGAAAACACGUUCCAGUCUAAUCCUUCUGAUCAGCAGGUAACAGGACUGUUACAGGACAGAGGAGCUGAGAGUAAAGAAGGUCAUAGACAAUCUGUUGGCCUUUCUUCAGAGGUACUACAUAAUGUGGGUUUACAGAGUUGUUAUGAAGCCAAAGAAGUCUUUCAAACAACUAGAUUAAAAAAACUCUAUCCUGAACUACCAACGGAAUUCUCUGGAGAAAGACCAGCUUUAAUGGCAGUAAAACCACUGUUGCGGAAUGAGAGACUGUACCCUGAAAUUCCCUCUGACUCAGAAUUGGUACCAUUUACUAAAGAGCAGCUGAAAAUCUUUGAGCCUUGUUCUUGGUUAGAAAAUGUUGAAUCAUACUUAGAAGAAUUUGACAGUAUGGCUCACCAGGACCAUCACGAAUUUUAUGAGUUGCUUUUGAAUUAUUCACGAUGCAGGAAACAGCUGUUGCUGGCUGAGGCUGAAUUGCUCACUUUGACAUCUGAUUGUCAAAAUAUCAAAAGCCGAUUAUGGCAAUUUAAGGAAGAGCAAAUGACUGUACAGGGCAUUUGUGCAGACCAGGUGAAAGUUACAGGAUAUCAUCGCUACCAGGUAGUGGAGAUGAAUGAAAAUGCCCUGGGAGAGCUAAAGAAGGCAUUUGAGGCAAAAUCUGAACAUUUACAUCAGACUCUGGCCCUGCAUUCUUAUACUUCUGUGCUCUCGAGAUUACAAGUAGAGUCCUAUAUUUUUGCACUGCUCAAUAGUCCAGCUGUUCAAAGGUCUUUGUCUGUUCAUCAGCAAGGUCGUGUUUCUAAACAGGCAGAAAGUCUUCCCUCUGAUUUGUGUCAUCUGAAGGAGUGUAUUAGUGUUUUAUUUAUGUUCACCCGGAGAGUUAUAGAAGAUGUACAGUUCUACAAUGAUGUUCUUCUUUGGCUGCAGAAAUUGGUAUCAGUAUUACAAAGAGUUGGAUGCCCUGGGGAUCAUCUAUUCCUCUUAAACCACAUUCUUCGAUGUCCUGCUGGUGUUAGUAAAUGGGCUGUUCCUUUCAUUCAGAUCAAAGUGUUGAAUAAUUCAUCAGGGGUAUUUCAUUUUAUGCAGUCUCUUGCCUUGCUCAUGUCUCCUGUCAAAAAUCGAGCUGAGUUUAUGUGCCACAUGAAGCCAAAUGAAUGGAAGCCUUCUUCCCCUGGACCUGAGUCUGGAAACUGGACACUAGUAGAUGAAGGAGGAGAAGAGGAUGAAGAUCCUGAGACAAGUUGGAUUCUCCUUAGUGAAGAUGACUUGAUUGCUAUUUUGUCACAGUUCCCAUUUCAUGAACUCUUUAAGCACUUCCUUGGAUUUCAAGGGAAAGGUGAUUAUUUACCUGAAACAACAAGACCUCAAGAGAUGAUGAAAAUUUUUGCCUUUGCCAACUCAUUAGUGGAACUUCUGGCUGUUGGAUUAGAAACCUUCAAUAGAGCACGAUAUAGGCAAUUUGUGAAACGAAUUGGUUUUAUGAUUAGAAUGACACUUUGUUAUGUGAGUGACCACUGGGCCCAAUAUGUGAGCCACAACCAAGGCUAUGGAUCAGUUAUGCAGCCAUAUUCAGUGGAGAAGCUCCAGAUUGAAUUUGAUGAGCUGUUUCUCAGAGCUGUCCUGCAUGUGCUGAAAGCUAAAAGGUUGGGCAUUUGGCUUUUUAUGUCAGAGAUGCCCUUUGGAACAUUAUCAGUCCAGAUGCUUUGGAAACUCUUCUACCUCAUGCACCAUGCAGAGAAUGAAAAUUUGGAGAAGCUCUCUUCUACAGUCCAGCCUAAUGAGUGCAAGUACCAGCUUCAAGACACAGAACAUCUUGUGAGUUUUGAGAAUUAUAUUUCUACCAUGAAUAGCUCAGAAGAAAUUUGCCUUCUUACCACUUUUGCUCAGAUGGCUCAGGCAAGAAGGACCAAUGUGGAUGAAGACUUCAUAAAAGUUAUUGUGCUGGAGAUUUAUGAGGUGAGCCAGGUAGCCUAUGUUAGCCUUUCUACCAGAGAGACUUUUUCAAAAGUUGGUCGAGAGCUUUUGGGAUCUAUUACUGCUGUUCAUCCUGCAAUCAUUUCUAUUCUUUUGGAUAGAGUUAAGGAGACCGUUGACCAAGUUGGAAUGGUUUCCCUAUACUUAUUUAAAGAGCUGCCUUUGUAUCUGUGGCAACCAUCUACCUCUGAAAUAGCUGUGAUUCGGGAUUGGUUACUGAAUUACAAUUUGUCAGCUGUGAAGAAUAAAUUGGCCUGUGUUAUUUUGGAAGGAAUGAACUGGGGAUUUGGUGAACAGGAUACACUUCAUCUGGAUCAGACUAUUCAUGCUGAAGUGGCUUUAAUGAUUCUUGAAGCUUACCAGAAGUACCUUGCUCAGAAACCAUAUGCUGGAUUACUUUCUGAAAGCAUAAAACAGGUUUCAUAUUUGGCCAGUAUUGUACGUUAUGGAGAGACACCUGAGACCUCAUUUAACCAAUGGGCUUGGAAUUUGAUUCUGAGGUUAAAACUUCACAAAAAUGAUUAUGGAAUGCAACAGAAUUGUCCAACGGUUCCUUUCUCGAGCACCGUACCAGAUAUGAAUGAAUCACCCACAUUUCAUCCCCUACUGAAGGCUGUGAAGGCAGGCAUGCCCAUUGGCUGUUAUCUAGCCUUAUCCAUGACAACUGUGGGCCAUAGCAUUGAGAAAUUUUGUGCAGAAGGUAUUCCAUUGUUGGGAAUUCUGGUCCAGUCUAGGCAUCUGCGAACAGUAGUUCAUGUUCUGGAUAAGAUUUUGCCUAUGUUUUACCCUUGCCAGUAUUACCUUUUGAAGAAUGAACUGUUUUUAUCAUACCUCCAUCUAUUUUUGCACUUGGAUAGUGGUAUUCCUCAAGGAAUGACCCAACAAGUCACUCACAAAGUGGCCCAGCAUUUGACAGGAACCAAUUAUGGAGAAAAUGUGAAGCUUCUCAGCAGUAUGAUACAGGCCCACAUUUCUGUAAGCACUAAACCCAAUGAAGUAGGACCUGUUGCUGUUUUAGAAUUCUGGGUCCAGGCCCUCAUAAGCCAGCAGUUUUGGUACCGAGAACAGCCCAUUCUUUUCUUAAUGGACCACUUGUGCAAAGCAGCUUUUCAGUAUGUACAAGAGGAUUGUGUACAAAAACUACUUUACCAACAGCACAAGAAUGCUUUAGGUUAUCACUGUGACCGGAGCUUGCUCUCUUCUUUGAUGAGCUGGAUUGUGGCUGGUAACGUGACCCCAUCUUUUAUUGAGGGAGCUGCUGCUCCCAGUCAGGUUUGGUUUGCUUGGAUUGUCCUGAACAUGGAGUCUAUCUUUGAAGAAGAUUCUCAGCUUCGUAGAGUUGUUGAAGGGGAGCUGGUUAUUAAUUCUACUUUCACUCCUGAGCAAGCUCUUAAGAAAGCCCAAGCACAGUUGAAGUUGCCUAUUGUACCAUCGCUUCAGAGACUACUGAUUUAUCGUUGGGCUCAUCAGGCUUUGGUUACACCUUCUGAUCAUCCUCUUUUGCCACUUAUUUGGCAGAAAUUCUUUCUCCUUUAUCUUUACCGACCAGGACCUCAGUAUGGAUUGCCUGUAGAUGGUUGUAUUGGAAGACGAUUUUUUCAAAGUCCAGCCCACAUUAAUCUAUUGAAAGAAAUGAAGAAACGUCUGGUUGAAGUGGCCGAUUUCCAUCAUGCUGCCAGUAAAGCCCUCCGAGUUCCAGCAGAUGGCGGUGAAGGGCCAGGUGAAAACAAUGCCUGCUCUGCUGGCUAUCUGACUUCCCCAGAGCUUCAUACAGAACUUGUGAGGCUCUUCAAUGUAUUUAUAUUAUGGCUAGAAGAUGAGAACUUUCAGAAAGGAGACACCUGUAUUCCUUCUCUACCAAAACAAUACGAUACUCACAGACUAGCAAAGAUCAUGCAGAAUCAACAGGAUUUGUGGAUGGAGUAUUUGAACAUGGAACGCAUUCGUCAUGAAUUUUGGGAAGCUCUUAAUCUUUGGAUUCAAGUAAAACUUGAAUCCCAUUCCCCACCCAGCAGUUUGUCAGUACAGAUGGAUUUUACUGAUCCUUCAUCAGCCAAAGAGAGGAUCUUGAGCAACUUGAAGAAGCAUGAGGCUCCACAUCCUCCCCUUCUUCUGCAUGCCUUGAAAGCUCCAGUGCCAGUCAUUUCCUCUGCUAGUUUGCUAAAUCAGAAGGAAACUAUGCAGCUUAUCCGCCCAGACCUGAAUCUCUUGCAACAGCAUGCUAAAACUGCAACCCUUCGGGAGUCUCAGCAAGUUGCUCUGGACAGUGAGCUGUUGGAUGCAAUUCCCAAACAGUAUGUUAAUCGAGAAGAGCAGAUCACAUUGCAUUUGGAGUGUCGGGGCAGCAGCAGCAGGAAGUGCCAGGGAGCAGCUGUUGUCACAGUUCAGUUUGAAGGUAAGCAUAAGAAUGAAGCUAUUAGCCAACAACUUCAUGUUUUACUGAAAGAAGUGAAGCAGUUACAAGCAGAAGCUUCCAAGCCACCAUCACAGAAUAUUGUAGAAGCAGCUGUGCAUGCUGAAAACUUGAUUACGGCCUUAGUGAAUGCCUAUAAGUUGCAGCCUACACCUGGUAUUCAAAAAGUUGGCAUUAGCCUCUUCUUUACAGUGGUGGAGUAUGUAUGUGAUGAGACACAAAGGCACCCUCCUACCAGGCAGUUUUUUACCUCCUGCAUUGAGAUUUUAGGACAAGUGUUUAUCAGUGAUACCAAAUCAGAGUGCAAACGAGUGCUCCAGACAAUUUUGAAGAAUAGAAGACUUUGUACUCUUCUUUCUCCUUAUUUUACUCCAAUUGCUGCACCUGAAGAGUUCAUAAAUUUGUAUGAAAAAGUGGUGAAGUUUCUAAGUGAAGAUAAUAGUGAUAUGAUUUUCAUGCUGCUAACCAAGUUCGAUCUUAAACAAUGGUUAAACUCCACUAAACCUCCUCUGUCUGAUCGUACCAGGCUCUUGGAGUCCAUUCAUUUGGCACUUACUGCCUGGGGACUUGAACCGGAUGAAGACAUUUUGAUGUCAUUCAAUAUUUUCUGUAAACACUGGACUUAUCUCCUUCUGUACCAGUUCCCUGACCAGUACAGUGACAUUCUAAGACUGCUCAUGCAGAGUUCAGCUGAGCAGCUACUGAGUCCUGAGUGUUGGAAGGCAACCCUGAAAGCUCUGGGCUGCUCUUCUUCUGAGAGCAAAGAAGGGGACUGUCCACUCCCUGUAACUGAAAGCCCUCUAUUUCCAAGUUCUCCCAAUAUCCUCUUGUCAGAUGAACAGGUAAUGGAGACAAUACAAUGGCUUUCAGAUUUUUUCUAUAAGUUACGGUUAUCCAAGUUGGACUUUAAGAGUUUUGGAUUAUUUUCAAAAUGGACUCCUUAUGUUGCCGAUGUGAGGAAAUUAUUGGAGUACCUUGUGAAACGGCUGAUUGGCUCUGAAAUGGCUUGUUUGGAGCAAGGUCCAUUAACUAAUAGUAGAACAGUGUUGAGGUCUCUCCAUUCACUAAUUGUUCAACUCUUCAAGCCAUGGAUUCUGGUUUUAGAAGACAAUAUAAGCAAUCAACGCUAUUAUCCGUGGCUGGAAAGUGAUGCAUCCAUGGCCUCAAGCGUGGUACAUUUGUUCACCAAAUGUAUUGAGAUUUUGCACGAAAGUUUUAAAGAUAAACUCUUGCCUGGUGAUGAAGGAGCACUUCGGCUACACUUGAUGCAUUAUUGUGAAUCAUGCACAGCAUCCAAAAUGCCAGAAUUUAUUCUCUUUGCUUUCCAUAAUGAAUACCGAAAACUUCCAUGGAGGGACAUGCACCCAGAUCAAGUGCUAAUGGAAGCAUUCUUCAAAGUGGAAAGAGGAAGCCCCAAAAGCUGUUUCUUAUUCUUGGGAUCUAUUUUGUGUGAAGUAAACUGGGUUAGUGUGUUGUCUGAUGCUUGGAAUCCCAAUCCUCGUCCAGAGACAAGAAGCAUGAUUGUCUGCCUGCUCUUCAUGAUGAUCUUACUGGCAAAGGAAGAUCAGCUUGUAGAACAAGAUGAUUCCCCAUUGCUCAAUCUCCUUGGACAGGCGAGCUCUCUUUCCUGGCAUCUUGUAGAUAUUGUGUCAUACCAGAGUGUCAUUGGGUACUUUAGUAGCCAUUAUCCUCCAUCCAUCAUCCUAGCAAAAGCUUCUUCAGCUGAAUUAAUAGUCAAACUCUUAAAAACAUCUGCUGGCUUCAGUGUUCCUACUGAUGGACAAAAGCAUCUUGAUGCAGUUCCAAAAUGCCUAGCUUUCACUCGCCAGGUGGUACAAUUUCUCAGCUCUUUGGAACAAAAUGGAAAAAUUACCUUUUCAGUAUUGGAACAGGAAAUGUCUAAGCUUUUGGAUGACAUUGUUAUCUUUAAUCCACCAGAUAUGGAUAACCAGACACGCCAUAUGGCCCUCAGCAGACUCUUUGUUGAAGUUUUAAUGAUGAUGAAUAAUGCAAGUCUCCCAACGGCCGAGUUUCUUCGGGGCAGUGUCCGCAACUGGAUUGACCAGAAAGUGCAUGGGUUGGUGGUGCUGCCCCUUUUGACAGCAGCGUGCCAGAGCUUGGCAUCUGUGCGACACAUGGCUGAGAUUACAGAGGCCUCUAUCACUGCUUACUUCCAGGAUGACUCUCUGAACCAUCAUUUGGGAUGGGGGCCUAUCCUGGUAUCCCUUCAAGUUCCUGAACUCACCAUAGAAGAUUUUAUUCAGGAAUGCCUAUCCCUUGGAAGUUAUUUGACCCUAUAUGUGUAUAUGUUGCAGUGUUUAAAUAGUGAGCAAACACUAAGAAAUGAAAUGAAAGUGUUACUCACCUUAGGAAAGUGGCUAGAACAGGUAUAUCUCAGCUCUGUGCGAGAUGAGGCAAAGCUCUUUCUGUGGUGGCACCAGGCACUGCACUUAUCCCUGAUACAGGUUGAACAGGAUGAUGCUGUGCUGAUUGGAUCUGUUAUCCGGACUCUUCUUGGGAUCCAGAACAGACAGAGCCAGACAGCAGAGGAGAGGCUGAGCUCAGGGAUACUAGGUGCUAUUGGAUUAGGCAAGAAGUCUCCCUUGUCCAACAGGUUCCGUGUAGUUGCAAGAAGCAUGGCUGCCUUCCUUUCAGUUCAAGUUCCUGGGGAAGAUCAAAUUCGUUUGAAGCCUGGUUCUGAAUUACAUUUCUCUCCAAAAGCUCAGCAGGCACUGAAUACCCUUGAAUCCAUGUCUUCAAGCAAGCAGUAUGUAGAAUAUCAGGAUCAGAUCUCCCAAGCCUCCGAGUUUAUAAAGAAUCCUGGCCAUUGCCUUCAGGAUGGGAAAAGUCUCCUGGCUCUUCUUAUUAACUCUCUGUAUCCAGAAGUGCAUUAUUUGGACAUUAUUCGAUAGCAGCAUCGAGAACCAAGGAAAACCCUGUGAUAAUUUCUGUUUACAUCUGAUGUCUAACUUUGACUCUCUAGGUCCACAGUAGAACUGAGUAGAGCCAAUGAGGAGGGUGGUUGGAAGGAAUGUGGGCACUGAUUAUUUCUACCAGGUAUUUUGGAUGUGUGUAUGUGUGUGUGUGUGUGUGUGUGUGUGUGUGUGUGUAUGUGAGUGUGUGUGUGUGCAUGUGUUUUCUUAGCUAUUAUAGUAACAUUUUGUUGAAGCACCAAGGACUAUUUAGUUUUUUAUUCCUGUGAAAAUAAGAAACUUAAGCUUCACCCUGAUAGAAGAAAGCCAGUGGACCUUGCAGAAUGAUACAAUAAGGCUUAUAGGCCAUAGGACAACUUUUUCUCUAUGUAUUUUGUCAUUCUUCUCCUUGCCUUUAAAACAAACAAACAAAUUACUGAGGUUCACAUAUUAGAAAUGACUACCAGUUGAAGUCAUAUGAAAAAGCUGUACUUUGAAUCUCAUUUAAGUUCCUCAAAAAUAUAGGUGAAGUCUACUUUGUGAUUCUCCUUUGGAAAGUUUGUUGGUUUUCUUAGAUGAGAGAAACCAUGAAAGUUACUAAAUGACACACUUAUUCUGACUUCCUUUUUUCAGUAGUUAUGAGUCAUUAGUACACCUACUCCAACACUGCAGAUCAAAUCCCAAACCCCAUACUUCUGUAUGUAGUUGUCAUAAGUUACUGGGGCCAAGAAAAUGAGUUCCUGGUGGUCAAGUUUUUUUGAUAAGCUCUCCAGGCCCUUUUUCCAGCAGCACGUGUUGCCGGGUAUAUUUUAAGUCUUCCUAACUGUCCAUAGCUAGCACCUGCUGGCCCAGCUUUCAAGAAUUCAGGGGCCACCUCCACUGGGAACACUUCAGGAUGAUUGGAGUGGGUUUGUCCUGGCAAGGCCCUUAAUUCCGUCUAUCACAUCUAUGACUUCAGCUCAGCUUCAAAACUGGAGCAUCUGGAAGUUGAAUGUGCUUUAUAAGUCCGUCCUUGUCUAAAACAGUUAUCACCAUGUCUUGGUUGCUGAUGAGAAGCAGAGGUGGCUGAUAAGUUAUCUCUAUUUGUCUUAUCCUGAAAAGUACAUAAGGAUUCUGUUCAGAAAACUGAAAUCAAAGGGAGAAAAGAAUGAGGACAUCUUCCUGUUCUUUCCUUUAGUUCUUUAUUUGAGUUCCAGUAGAGAUUAGAGAGCCAUUCAAAAUCCCAAGGAAGCUUACUGCUUGGGAUGACCAAUAUUUCUGAACUCUGGAUUUGCUGAACAGGGCACCUUAUAGUCAUUUGAAUUACAUUCAGUUGUUAAAUAUUGAUUACUACCAUCUGACUAGAAUAAAACCAUAUUCUCUUGCCAUUUUUCAAUGUUUUAUUGCUACAUAUUCCUUUCUUCAGAAAUGAGCAAGUAAGCACUGUCUGCUUCAAAUGUAGCUUGAGAACAUGUGUUUCACAUCUUCUCCACAGUCAUGGAGAAUUUUUUAAGAGGCCUAAUGAGCUGAUGGGCACUCCCCGUUCUCAAAAAACCAUUCGAAUGCUUAUUCUUCUAUCAGGCAGCUAUGCAGAAGCGCUCUCAUGUUGAACUUCAUUAAUUAGGUAGAAGAAUUUACAAACAUUCUCUGAAACGUAAUUUUAAAAGCCUUUCAUGAGUGCUUAGGCAGCAAAUUAACAAUUUUCUAGUUUUUCCUGGCUUAGUUUCAUCAGGGUCUUGAUUUUUGCCUCACCUUUGGCUUUGUUAUUUCUCCAGUGCCCAUUUUGCCUUGUCUUUCUCAUAUUGAUGAUCAAAAUCUUAGAAACUCUUAGUUUUUAACUGGGCAUUUUGGCAAUGUUUUCUUUACUACUAAAAGGUAUAGUGCCUUGCUUGUGGGAUGCACUUAAUAUAUUUUCUUGAAUGGAAUUGGCUGGAAACCAUCCCUCCUGCCCUGCUCUGAUUUUAGCAUUUCUGUACCCUUUCUUUGAAGAAAAGGUGGCAGUCACAAACUCUUGACACCAUAGAUGAAAAUAUCAGAGAGCAAUGUAUAUACUUUAAAGAAAAUUAUGUUCAAUCUGUUAACUUUUGGAACUUUAUAAUAUUUAUAAUGAACUUGGUUUGUAAAGAAUUUUAAGAAAUAAAAAAUAUUAUUGGUUGUA